AUGAGUGCCCCCUCGCGCCUCCUAGGCCAAAAAGCCCAACGUCAAGAGAACGGCCACGGCCCGGGUGUCAAAACUCUCAAGACCAACCCGCCCAAGAAACCCUCGACUGGCGACGGGCAAUCCCCCGACGCCACGGGCCCGCCGCCCCUCAAAACGGCCACCAACUUUGUCCUCGCCGCGGCUCAGCUCGCCUCCCAGAAGGCCACCACCGCAACGCGAGCAGCAGCCACCGCUGCGGCCGACGCCCUCCCGCACAUCCCAGGCACGGCCUUGGUCCCGCCGCAAGAUCCCGUCCGAAAACAGCAGUACCUGAACCUGCCCAGCGUUGUAGACCACAUCCCUGGCCUUGCCACGCCCUCCGAGACGCAGUUCAUCGCCAGCAGCAUCGACAGCCGCUGCCAGAGUCGUAGUACCAGUCGAAGUGGCAGCCCUGGUUUCAACCCUAACCCUAGGGUCAAGCGAGCGACAGACAAGUUUGGAGAGAUCACGACACAAGAUUUGAGCAAGAAGGACCAGGGGGAGCAGCGGGAGCGGGAGGAGGCCAGAGAUGGGAGUGGCUUUUCCAGUGCUGCUUCACAGAGUAAGCUGGGAGAUGCGAGUGGGAGAGAGGACAUGUAG